AAUCGGUGGCUUAAUUCAUUUUGGUCAUCCUCUUCGAUCGAUUUCGUCAGUUUUCUUCGAUUCUGGGUAAUAAUAAUCGAUUGUAAUAGAGCUCUUCGAGAAAAGUGAGAACCUAAACCCUAAAUUCAAUUCUGUUUUGUUCUCAAACUCAAAUCGAAACUUUAAUCCUUCCUUAUUCGUUUUCUGGAGUUCUUCUUUAGUAGUGUUUUGGAUUCGGGGUUUGUGGAGUUCCUCUUUAGUUAUCUAGGUUUGCUUCGAGUUGAUCGCUGUGUGGCAUAAACCCUAAUUUCGUAGACAUUGUGGAGUUGCGCACUCUUUUAGAACCAGUCCAGUGAGUAAAGGAAUCCAAUUGGUGAAGAUGCCGCAAGUUAAGAUCAUUGCUAAAAAUUUCAUGGACAUGGUGGCGUCACUUCCAGCUAUCAAGCUUGACAAACUCUACAACAAUGUCUUUAUCUGCGAAGCCAUUCUCAGGUCUUUGCCGCCUCUUGCCAAGAAGUAUGUAUUGCAGAUGUUGUACAUUAAUGUUCCUGUACCUGCUGCGAUGAUGGAGGAGUGGGUUCUUGCAGAUGGUGCCUCCAAGCAUAGAGUUGCUAUUGAUCGACUGAUUCAAUUAAGGAUUUUUUCAGAAACUAGUGAUAGGAAAAGGGGAAUCAGCUACAGCCUAAAUCCUACAUUUCAGAACAAUCUUCAGAAACAUAUAAUUUCCGGUGGAGUUUUGCCUAGAGAGCCUAUGCAUUCCGACAAUGCCAUUAAACUUCCAAGCCUACAAGAACUCGAAACCUAUGCACUUAAGCAAUGGGAGUGUUUCUUGCUACAACUUAUAAAUUCGGGUCAAGGUGAGAAGCUAACUGGCAUCAGUUCAUCCAUGAUGAGAAUUUUCCAGCGAGGUUUAUUGAGUCAGAGAGACAAAGAUGGCCCGAGAUUAACUGAGAGUGGCUUUCAGUUUUUGCUGAUGGAUACAAAUGCCCAGCUUUGGUACAUUAUUCGAGAAUACAUAUCGAAUGCUGAGGAGCGAGAUGUAGAACCAGCAGACUUGAUUUCGUUUUUGUUGGAGCUUAGUUUUCAUGUUACUGGUGAGGCAUAUAACUCAAAUACUUUGACAGAGGUUCAAAAUAAUACCCUCAAGGACCUUGCAGACUUGGGAUUAGUUAAGCUUCAACAGGGAAGGAAAGACAGUUGGUUUAUUCCUACUAAACUGGCUACAAAUUUAUCAGUCAGUCUGGCAGAUUCAUCAGCGCGAAAAGAGGGAUUUGUCGUGAUGGAAACAAACUUCAGGAUGUAUGCAUACUCCACAUCUAAGUUACAGUGUGAAAUUUUACGACUGUUUGCGAGGAUAGAGUACCAACUUCCAAACCUUAUUGCUUGUGCCAUUACAAAGGAAAGUUUGUACAAUGCAUUUGACAAUGGCAUCACAUCAGAUCAGAUUAUAACUUUCCUCCAGCAGAAUUCUCAUCCACGAUGUGCUGAUCGGGUCCCAUCUAUUCCAGAAAAUGUCACUGAUCAGAUUCGGCUUUGGGAGACAGAUCUGAAGAGAAUUGAGAUGACCCAGGCUCACUUCUAUGAUGAAUUUCCUUCAAAAGAUGUGUUUGAGGCAGCGUGUGACUUUGCUCGGGAAUGGGGAGGCCUUCUUUGGGAAGACUCUAAGAGAAUGCGACUUGUUGUGAAAUCCGAAGUUCACAAUCAGAUGCGUGAGUUUCUUCAUAACCAAACCAACAGAAAGAGAAAGAAGAGUAGCGAUUUGAUGUCUUGUUACUCUAUUAGUUACCAUAGUUCUUAUCCUGCUAACACAUGCGCACCAGGCACCACAAACAGCUCCAGUCCGGGUAGAAAAACAUGGGUAGUGUCAAACUACAAGCUUUCUUGUCGAAAACCAUGAUGUAUAUAGAGUUAUAGACUAUUUGUCGGUAGACAUUACGAAGUUGAAACCUUUAGUUUGUUAGACCCAUUGUAAAUCACAGUAAACUUAUUAGGCAAUAGUAACCUUCUUCUAGAUA